AUGAUAGAGAACAAAGUGAUUACUAAACAAAUGCAAUUAGAAUUAGAAUCAGAAACUGUUGUAUAUGAAAUGUUUUUGUCAUUAUCUCAAGCAGAUAUAGAGGAGCUAUUUGAAAGAAUAUCUCAAAACAUUGUUGUUAAAAUUGAUCUUUCAAAUUUUAUCAAAAAAUAUUUACAAGAUUUACUUGACAAGGAUAUCAAAAGUGUGUUUCUAAAAGUAAGAAAUCUACCUAGCAAGGAUACAAAACCUCUACUUUUAUAA